CUCAUGGGUAUGCCUCAUCCUUUAGGCUCUUCUCUCGCUUUCGGCGUAGGAACAGGUAUCGACAACACCGCCGCCGCAUGGAGGAGGUAUUAUGGAUUAGGCGGUUGGUUGACUGGUUAUCACUCUGGGUUCCGUAUGCCUGGUCGACCGGGCUUAGGUGGAUACUUUGGUGUGAGUGUCUCAUUCCGUCCUUCUCAUCUCUGUCACAGUUGGUUUUCUCACUUCAUAAAUCUUGUUGUCAAGGUAAACCAAGGACAAAGCUGA